AUGAUAAACAACCUUCCUAGUCAAAUAAAGAUCGGCUCGUGGAACACAGGAGGACUGCAAACAAACCAAAAUACCAUAGGAGUGAUCUUGGAGGAAGAAGAUUGGGAUAUCUUCGCUCUACAAGAAACGAGAUUGCCAGGUGACACACACAGAUUCACCUGGCCAGGCUACAACGUUUAUAGAGACGAUAUAAACGGACGAUCCGGAGGUACAGCGAUCUUAGUGAAAAAAGAGUUGUGCCAACACCGAAUAAACUCACCGGACGGACUACUUAGCAUGGAGGCGACAAUAGUAGUCAUUAAAACAUCAUACGGCGAUAUUAAAAUAAUAUCCGCAUAUGUAAGGCCAGACACCACAAUACACGAGGAAGACGUGUUAGCAAUACUCCCAGAUGGCAAAAAAGGCAUUAUCAUAGGAGACCUAAAUGCCAAGUCCCCUGCGUGGUACAGCACAAGAAGAAACAGACAAGGAAGAAACUUAGAGAAGAUCAUAGAAGAUCACCCAUCCUAUCAAGCGAUAGGACCAGUAAGACCGACACACUAUCCACCAAACGAAGGAAGGCCCAAGGUUAUAGACAUCGCUGUGUUGAAAGACGUGACGAUGCCUGUAGAAAUCGGGACCAUAGACGGCGGCGACGCUCACUCACCAAUCGUCGUCACCAUUGGUAGCGGCAACAGACAAACAGGAAGAACCGUGAGAAAAACCAACUGGGACAACUUCAGAAGGCUAACAGGACAGCUGUUAGGAACAAUCACGGAAAUAAAAAGCAAGGAGAUGCUAGAAGAACAGGUCUGUCUCUUCGAAGAAGCACUAUCAGAAGCGAUAGAACGAAGUACCACAAUGACCGUACCAGAUAAAUACGGCAGAUUCAAAAAUAUAAGCGACGAUCUGAGAAAUCUGAUUAGGGAGAAAAAUCGAAUAGCUAGAAGAGCCCAAAGGACACAAAACCCAGAAGAAAGAAGGAGAGUCAGGGAAAUGAAACAGGAAAUUCAAGAAAAAUUACAGGAGCACAGGAGCGAUGAAUGGAACAGAAGGAUAAACGAAUUAGACCCGCAAAAACCCGGAUUAUGGAACAUAACUGAAGUCCUAAGAGAAGAAAGAAAACCAAUGCCGCCAAUACACGGAAGCAACGGGAUGGCGUACACAGACAAAGAGAAGGCAGAAGAGCUGAAAAACACAAUGGAACUUCAGUUCACAUUGAACGAGCAUCCCGACGAAGACAUGGACUUCUCAGACAUGAUAGAAGAGAAUAUAAACGAAUACCUAGAAGACGAGGAGGAUCAAGUAACUCUAGGAUUCGCAACACCGAUGGAAGUGAAGGAAUUACUUAGGUUGGCAUCAGCAAGGAAAGCACCGGGAGCAGACGGAAUCUCAAACAGAGCGCUGAAAACAUGCCAAAAAAAGGUAUGGCAUACCUUUCGAAUAUAA